GUUUGAAAAGCUAAUGAACCUCAAUAUUCCACAUAAUCAAUCACUCUGUUUCAGGAUUUGGAGAAAAAAAGAGAGAAACAAUGGAAAAUAAACUCUGAAAGAUGAAAGGAAAAGAAAAAAACAACUUGGUAUGCAUGUUCCAUGGCCUGUCAUUCUGCUUCUUCUUCACUUUCAUCCUCCAUUAACAACUGCAACACCAAGUUCUUCAGAAAAUCAAGACCUGCUGUUGUUAUAUGCUCCAUUUCUAACAGAGCAGCUCCUUUUAACACCCUUAUUUCUGAGGCAGUUAAACAUUUAGUUCCUGCAGCAAGAUUUGAAGCUUCAAAGCUAGAAGUUGUUAUAAUGGAAGAUGAGAUUAAUGAAUAUUCAAGAAUCAUCCCCAGAACUUAUAUCUUAUCUCAUUGUGACUUCACUGCAAACCUAACAUUAACCAUCUCAAAUGUCAUCAAUCUUGAUCAGUUGAGAGGGUGGUAUUUCAAGGAUGAUGUAGUUGCUGAAUGGAAGAAACUUGAGGGACAAUUAGCUCUGCAUAUCCAUUGCUAUGUCAGUGGUCCAAAUCUCAUGCUAGAUCUUGCUGCUGAAUUGAGAUACCAUAUUUUCUCCAAGGAAAUGCCUUUGGUCCUUGAAGCUGUGUUACAUGGAGAUUCAGUACUUUUUGCUGAACAUCCCGAGUUAUUGGAAUCUUUAGUUUGGGUAUAUUUCCAUUCUUGCUCUCCAAAUUACAAUCGAAUGGAAUGUUGGGGGCCACUCAAGGAUGCUGCUAAGGGGAGACGAGGAGAUCAUGUUCAAGCUUAUUCAACAGCGAGCAAGACUGGAUCCGAUCCUUCCAGAAAGUGGCUAGGACCCAAAUCCAUAUUCCAAGCUCUUUUUGCCUUGCUUCUUUGAAGUGCUUGCAUGAACAGCAUAAUUCCAGGGGCUAAUGUCAUGGCUUAAACCUUAAAGUUGAAGAAAGUUCUGAGUUUAUUUAACAGAACCAAAACAAACUGACAAGACAGAGUGGUGAAGGUUCAAGGUUCAUGGAAAUUAACAAAGAUCGAUUUCAGAAGCUCAACUGAUUCUUUUGCAAAUAGCACAUUUCUUUCUUGGAAUUUUUUGAAACAUUGAUUCACAAUUCUUGUGCAACUCAACAAAUUUGUUCAUCAAUGACUCAAAUCUUUGUUGCUUUGUAAUUGAACAUACUUUCCUUAGUUGAAAUCUUGUAAUUACAAUAUUAUGCCUCUUUCCUCUU